AUGCGCACCCCGCCCAACUCGACGGAUAGCAGGGAGAGGCUGGAGUGGCGGAGCAUGUUGUCGUCCGUUCUCAGCGGGGAUAUAUUGCGCGGGGAGAGCUCAAGGAUCGGGUUGGACAAGCCGGGCGAUGUCGUUUUUCGGAAGCGGAUCGGGCAGAGUUUGUGGUGGCAGAUCCGGGCCAAGAUGAGGGGGCGGUCUGAGAUUGAAGAGAAGCGGAGAGUAGAGGAAAGGCGGGGACGCGUGGUGGAUGCGGUACUGGAGGAGGUGGAGGGGUUUACGGUCAAAAAGACCCCUCCGCCCCCGCCGACAGAGGAUGGGGAACCGGUCUCGGCGGAAGACAGCACACUCCAGCAGGUGGCAUACAUGCUGCAGAAGCUGGCGCUCGUCGAGGCGCUGUACCCCACACAAGCAGCCUUCCGGGCUGCCAAGCCGCUUUACGACUCGCCGGCAAUGCAGACCCGCAUCCAAGCGCUGUCCGCUUGGUACAGCAUCGUCACGUCCCUACAGGCGCAGCUCGCCGUCCUUCAGCGUUGGACCGGUACCGACGACCUCGACAUCCUGCGUCCAAACACCACCAAAGAAAAGGCGCUGGUCGGUAAGAAUCGGUACCAUCCACUUGACGGAAAGGCCAAGAACGCGGCGGAGGGAGCGGCCGAUCAAGCGGCGGAUGACUCGACCUUUCUCGAACGUAUCUCCAAAGAGGAGAAUAUCAAAAAGACGUUUGAAAAGCGCGUCUUUCGCGACCUCAUCAGCAUCAUCCUCGCGGCCAAAGAGACCGUCAUUGCCUUUCAGUCCGUCUUUGACGAGAUGCAACUCCCGGACUUUCGGUUUGCCACCCUACGCCUCAUCACCUUCCCCGGUCGGCUCGUCAUGGAGUCGCUGAAAUCCCGGCUGGAAAAGAGCGUCAACCUCAAUGACGGGACAACGCUCACGGCCAUCAUCGAAUCGCUGGAUGGGUUCCGGCUCACCCUCAGCUUGGCGGUCCUCAUCAAGCGGCAGUAUGAGAGCAUCAUCUCGCCUGACAAGGACGGUCGGUGGAACGUCCCUCCGUGCCUACCGGCAGAGUACGAUCAGACUCUGCUGAACGGUAUCCGGAAGUUCUUCCAUGUCCUCCAUCUGAGGUUGAAGGAUGGGGAUCGGACAAUCUACUUCCGGGAGACAGAGAUCUUGGAAGAUGAGUGGGAGUUCUUGGGCGAGGUAGCGGAGGCGGUACAUGGGGGUGAUCUUGUUGUCGCAGAACAGUUCUGUUCCCUCACCAACAAGCUGCUCGUCCGGGUUGGCAAGAGCUUCCAAAUGCAGAUGCAGGCAACACCUGCCGAGAUCCUCAGUCAGCACGAGCACCACACCGAGGCGACCGUCCAGGAGGACCAAAUCGCGCACUUUGUCAAGAUGCUGGACAUUGCGAGAAUGAGAUAUCGGAAAUUGCAGCGGUUUGCAAGGUACGUCGAGCCAGAGUGCAGAGCUAAAUGCAGGCGUCUCGCAUCCCGAUUCGACAACUCGGCCGAGUAUCUCUUUGAUGAUGAAGAUCUCGACCUCCUCAUCGAGCGUCUUCUCGCCACUGGGCACUUCCUCGUCUACACUACCGUUUUCGAGGAAUCGGGUACCUACAUCAUUGCGUCCGAAGAGCUUUGGAACGAGCCAGCUGCGGUCCGCCGUCUACUCCAUCGGGCGUUCUCCACCGGCGUGAUGAGUCUAGGCUACACCGGCCGGUCGCCCGUCUACCACCCGGAUACCUACGUCGAUGGUCAGCCCGAUCCGGGUGUGGACGAGGAUGAAGCACCGCCGGAGUUUGUGCCAUACCUCGUCCUCCUCUCCCCUCGGCAGAGCUUUGCCUGGACGGGCGGGGUCAUGACCCUCGACCUGGACUUUAUCGACUUUGCGGUCCCGGACAACCGAGCGCGGCUCAUCGCGGACGGACCGGCCGCUCGGCUCGCGCUGUGCAAGCGGAUCUUUCAAGAUUCCUGGCUUGGCGCAGAGGACGACGAUCGGGUGCUGGACCUGCACUGCGUGGCGGAGCAGCAAGCGCACCUGCCUCGUGUGCAGCGGGAGCUCCUCCGGAUCGGGCGGUCCACUUAUCGGUUGUCCGAAUCCUUCAUCCAGUCGGCAUCACACGUCUGCUCCUCGGUUGCGGGUGCACCGGGCAGCCAGGACCUCGUCGAGAACUGGUACCUCUUUGCGUCGGACCACGGACGGCGCGUGACCCCGCUCAUCGAGGCGUCCAUGCUGGAGCGCUUCUCCCGCCUCCUCAUGCGCCUCGCCAUUAGCUGGGUCAAAUUCAUCUCGGACACCUGCGAUCCUACCGACCGUAAAACCUUCCGGUGGACUGUCCAGGCGCUCGACUAUGCUCUUAACGUCACGAGCGACGGCAACAUCCUCUUUCUCGAUACGGCCGAAUUCGACCACCUACGGAAAAGCGUCGCCGCGCUCGUCUCGCUCCUCAUCUCACACUUUGAUAUCCUCGGCGCGCGGUCCAGCAUCGAGGCCAAGAAGGAGGCUGAGCGCUUAGCGGCCAUGCGGCGUCUGCAGCGGCUCCAGGAGAACUUUGACGACGACUUUAUUCCCCGCACACCGUCCCCUGGCGGACAGACCCAGCAGAACUUUGAUCGGAGUAUCCGCUUGGUCAGGGAGGAGCGACUCCGGAUGAUUGCUGAAUUGGAGCAAAGGCGGCUGGGACUGAGCAAUGACCAGCACCUCGUCGGACAAGUGCUGGAUGAGCAGGUAUCGGAGGAUCGGGCGCUGGUAUUCCUCGCUGCGUCGGCGUCGAAUAUUGCGCUUCGCUGGACCCAGGGUGGAUUCAUCGGUGGCGGUGCGAAUGGGAAUGUCUACAUCGGGGUCAAUACCGAUAGUCAGAGUGUCAUGGCGGUCAAGGAGAUUCGGGUGCAGGAUCUCAACAACUCGCCGGCGCUGUACAAGCAGAUCAAGGACGAGUCGGACGUCAUGAGUAUGCUGUCGCACGAGAACAUCGUUGAGUACUAUGGUAUCGAGGUACAUCGAGACCGAGUGUAUAUCUUCGAAGAGUACUGUUCGGGUGGUAGCUUGGGCAAGUUUAUCGAGCUGGGCCGGAUCGAAGAUGAGGAUAUUACGCGGGUUCGGGCUAAGCUGACACCAGAUAUCCUCCUCACCGACAAGGCACACCUCAAACUCGUCGAUUUCGGAGCGGCCAAGAUCAUCGCCAAAGGGAACAAGACGAUGGCACGGACGCGCGCCGCCAAGCAGACGCGUACAAAUGCUGCUGAUCCCCUCGCGGCGGUUAAUUCGCUCGCGGGUACGCCGAUGUACAUGGCGCCAGAGGUUAUCAAGAGCGAAAAGAGGGGCAAUCUGGGGUCGUCGGAUAUUUGGUCUAUGGGUUGCGUGAUUUUGGAGAUUGCCACCGGCCGCAAGCCAUGGAGCAACUUGGACAAUGAAUGGGCGAUCAUGUUCCAUAUCGGUAUCGCCACUCAACAUCCCCCACUGCCCGAACCAGACCAACUCUCAGAGCUCGGUAUCGACUUUAUCGAGCGUUGUCUUACCCUCGAGGCAAACGAGCGGCCGUCAGCUGCCGAGUUGCGUCAACAUCCAUGGAUACAGAUGUUGUCCGAGCACAAUGUGAGUACGAGGGGUCUGGUGCCAGGCUGUCAGGGCUGA